UUGUGUCAAAAUAGUAUGUGACCAUGUAAAUGUCUCAGUUUGUCCUUAUUGUAUUGCGUCGUGUGCUGUUAAAGGCCCGGUUUCGCUUGAGGACGGCUAGGCACCUGUCAUAUGACCGUCGUGCGCGUGGGUGUCAUGAAUUUUUAUAGAACCUUCAACGCCAGUGCAACGUGUCUAUCAUACGAGCCGGGGAUAGUCGAAUAUGAAGAUUUCCAGCCAUCAGCUGAACCUGUUUUCAUCUUAGGAACAAAAUACAGCACCUUACAUGACCUCGAGGAACUACGCUCCGAUGUCAAGUCACGAAUAUGGCUGACGUAUCGAAAGAACUUCCCAGCAAUAGGUGGGACAGGCCCAACUUCCGAUUCAGGAUGGGGCUGCAUGCUCCGCUGUGGCCAAAUGGUCCUGGCACAGGCACUUAUCAGGCGUCACCUUGGUAGAGGGUGGAGAUGGAACCCCGAAAGCAGCAGGAACGACAGGGAAUACAUGGAUAUUUUGCGUAUGUUUCAAGACAAGAAGAAAUGUCCAUAUUCGAUACACCAAAUAGCACAGAUGGGAGUCUCCGAAGGAAAAGCCGUUGGCGAAUGGUUUGGACCAAAUACUGUAGCUCAAGCCCUUAGGAAACUAGCCAUGUUUGACAAUCGAGGUUCCCUAGCAGUGCACGUUGCCAUGGACAACACUGUCAUCAUCAGUGAAAUCAAAGAUGUGUGCAAGCUGAAAAGUGUGUCGGCAGCAGUCCCCCCUGCGGAGGAGCCAUUACGGAAGAGGCCCAGUUGCUCCGCGCGCUCAGAUGAGCCACCACAGUGGCAGCCGCUCCUGCUGUUCAUUCCAUUGAGACUUGGCCUUAGCGAGAUCAAUCCCAUCUACUUCUCUGGAAUUAAGAAAACGUUUGCCAUGAAGCAGUCCCUGGGUUUCAUUGGAGGAAAGCCCAACCAUGCCCUGUACUUUAUAGGAGUUUCUGGGGAUGAGCUUGUGUUUCUAGAUCCCCAUACGACACAGUUGGUAUGUGACCUGGACGAGGAAUGUUGCACUGACGAAACCUACCAUUGUCCGUAUGCUAGCCGAAUGGACAUUGGCCAGCUUGACCCUUCUGUUGCUCUGUGCUUUUUCUUUGCAACGGAAACAGAUUUUGACUGCUGGUGUACGUCUGCUCACAAGCACCUGGUCGAUAAGGUGAAGCAACCACUAUUCGAAGUGACUAACCGGAGGCCUCCAGGUUGGCCGCCGCUGGAAGAGCAGAGAAAGGAUCUCGAAUGUGCCAGUCUUGAGUUUACAGUCCUGGAUCGAGACAGGAAGUUCGACAAUUCGGAUGACGAAUUUGAGAUUCUAUAAGCAGCAGCAGUAAUCAAGAAAUGACAAGGAUGCUAUGAUGUGCGAUUGAUGUGCUUUAUUUUAACCUGUGAAUGAGAGAGCUAUAUGAAAGUUAUGCGAAUCACUUUUUGUACCACAGAAUAAAUUCACCUUUUUUAGCCUCUUAA